AUGAAGAUCGAAAUUGUUGUCGACCCCUCGAAGCCCGCCCCCGCCGCCUCGUUGGCAGCUCGUGUAGCGCCCGCCCCUGUUGCUGCUGCUGUUGCAGAGGCCACUCCUAGGAGUGGCGGUCGCCCCAAGCGUGGCCGCGGCGGAGGUCGCCGGAAGACAGGCGAGAGGCCCCAGAAGUCGGUGGCCGACCUUGACGCAGAGAUGGAUGACUACUCUGCGACUACUGCGCCCGCGGUCACUGCGUAG